AUGACCAAAAAUAGCUUUAGAGGUAGCAUGAGAUUUACCACACCAAGUACCAAUCCUCAAUCUUCAUACUCAUCAUCACAACAACAGCAGAAGCAGCAACAUAAAUCUAGUAAAAAUAGCGAAAGACAAUCAAUGCCUAGUAGAGUUAACCAUAGAGAUAGGGAAAGCAACCAAACUAGAUCUAGGAAUCGCACUCACAAUACCCCUCAAUCCGGCAAGAAGAACAACAGCAGUAGCUCGCGAGGCAAACAGCGAUAUAAUACAAAUAAAUUCGAAAAUGAUGCGGAGCUCAAGGAUUACAAGAGCAAGAUCAAGAACAAAUACAACAUCGAUUAUGAUCAUUCUUUGGACGAAGAAUAUGAAAUAAUCGAGGCCAUCGAAUGA